AAAUAACGAUUCGGUCACGAAUCGGGCAUCGCUAUAACAACCAUUAUCCCAUGUAGAUGUACGCCUUUGACGUGUCAUUCGGGAAAUCGGCAAGUAGCACGGACCGGUCGAUGGAAAAAGCGAGAAGAUGAUACUGUGAAAAGGGUGGACAUGGAAACCCGACGCUGAGUUACUUUAAUUGUGACCAUAAGACACCAUGGCCAAACAGUAUGAUGUGCUGUUUAGACUCUUGCUUCUCGGAGACUCCGGUGUCGGCAAAACCUGUUUGUUAUGCAGAUUCACGGACAAUGAAUUUCAUCCCUCUCACAUUUCCACCAUCGGUGUCGAUUUCAAAAUGAAGACCUUGGAGAUAGAUGGCAUUAAAGUACGAAUACAGAUAUGGGACACAGCAGGUCAGGAGAGAUAUCAGACCAUCACUAAGCAGUACUACAGAAGAGCACAGGGCAUUUUUCUGGUGUAUGACAUCACAAGCGAGCGCUCGUUCCAGCACAUCAUGAAGUGGGCCAGUGAUGUAGAUGAGUAUGCCCCUGAGAAAGUGCAGAAGAUACUUGUUGGGAACAAGUCUGAUGAAGAACAGAAGAGACAAGUAGCUACAGAACAGGGAAAUAAGCUUGCCCAGGCUUAUGGAAUGGACUUUUUUGAGACAAGUGCCUUUACCAACCACAACAUUACAGAGUCUUUCACCCGAUUGGCUGAAUUAGUCUUACAAGCCAAUAAGAAGGAUCUUGAUUUGUUGGGAGGAUCCAUGAAUGACCAGUUCAAUCUCGCUGUUUUGGAGGAGCAGGAAGGAUUGUGUAAUGUUAGCGACGGCACCCAUAAGUCCUGCUGGUGCUGAGGACAGGAAGUGGCAUGACUACUUUUUUCAGUUGAAUUCUAUAUUUAUGUUACAUUUACAUUUUGAAUAUCAUUUUGCAAAAUUGGAACAUUCUUGUUAAACAGUGUUUGGUGCCUUUAAUGGCAUUAUUUCCUGCUGAUUCUCAUGAAUAUUAUUUAUUAUUCUUUAUUUAUUUUAUAGUUACUAUAAGAUGGAACAUUGAUGAAAUGGUUUAUUCAAAGGAAUAGUGCACCCAAAAAUGAAAAUGUGCUGAAUAUUUACUCACCCUCAGGCCAUCCAGUAUGUAGAUGACUUUGUUUCUUCAUCAGAACAAGGAGAAAUUUAGCUUUACUGUUUACUUUUAAUUUAGCACCACUUGCUGACCAGUGGAUCCUCUGCAGUGAAUGGGUGCCGUCACAAUGAGAGUC